AUGGUAAAAAAGAAUGGAACUUGUGAAUUCUGUGGCUAUACAUGUGCAACAUCUCAAAAGCUUCAUGAGCAUCUCAAAAGAAAAAACCCAUGCAGACCUCAAAAUUUCAUACCUGUACAAGUCUCCAUGGCUGAACCCGAAAUAUUUACUAGUUCCGCUCAUACAGUGCCCUUUCUGGUCAAGAAUCUCAAUGACAGAAAGCCAGGGGAAACUGUUGAGCAAUGGAGCUCAAGAUUCCAAGAAUGUAAACACCUUUAUAAUGAUUUAAUGCAAGUUGAUCCAGAAGCACUUACCCUGCAAAAACCCUUAGAUGAGUCUGCCCAUUCACCAGAAGAAGACAAUUUCUUUAUUGAUCCAGAAAUCGAUCAUGAAACUGGACCACAAGCUCAAAGCAAAUCCACAGAUACCCUGGAAUUUCAGCAUCUGAGUAAUAUUACAGGGGAUCAUGAAGAGAAUUUAGUAUUUUGA